CCAUUGCGACAAAUUCUGUGUGGUUGCAAGCUAAGAUACAUGAGUUAUUGGCAUUGGUGUACUAUGAUGGUCUUCAGAAUGUGGUGCCAUUUUAUGAUCAAAGAUCUAUGGUACCCGCAAAGGAUACAUCAUGGAUAAUGGAAGAUUGGUCUCAUGCAUUUUAUUUGGGAAAACUCUGUGAAAAGCUCGGAUACUCGCAUGAUAUAUCAUUCUCAUAUUAUGGUAAGGCAAUUGCUUUGAAUCCAUUAGCUAUAGAUCCUUUCUACAUGAUGCAUGCUUCACACUUGAAGUUGCUCUAUACGGUUGGGAAACAAAAUGAACAAGCUAUAAAGGUUUCUUUCUUUGUGAAACUUACUGUUGUUGCAGCAUAUUCCUUUACUCAAUCUAUAAAGGAUACCGUCAUGAAUAUGUUUGAUAGAAUGGACCUUGAAACUUCACAGUUGCCAGUGGAUGUUGAGGGAAGUAUUGAUGCCAAUUCUGACUAUAAGUUGGAAGAGGUGUGGCAUAUGCUUUACGAUGAUUGCCUUUCGGCCCUGAAAAUUUGUGUUGAUGGGGACCUCAAAUAUUUUCAUAAAGCCAGAUAUUUGCUUGCUCAAGGGUUGUAUAGGAGGGUUGAGAGUGGGGAUCUCGAGAAGGCUAAGGAGGAGCUUUGCUUUUGCUUUAAGUCAUCUCGCUCUUCCUUUACUAUAAAUAUGUGGGAAAUUGAUGGUAUGGUCAAAAAAGGAAGGUGGAAAACAAUUGGUCUUUCUGGGAACAUGAAGGUGCUGGAAGUUAACCUACCAGAAAGUUCUUGA